GCAGAGAAAUUCCCCGGGGAAAGUCACCGAGAGAAAGACAGAACGACAGAUCACUCAGAACAAGCGCUGUAUUUUUAUUUAUUGUAAUUUAUUCUAUCAUCUUUUGUUCUUUCUUUUUGGGUUUUUUUCCCCAACUCUUUUCUAUUUUGCGCGCGAGCGUUGGCGCGCUGAGGCGGCGGCGGUCAGACAUGGACCUGGAGACACUGCGCUCUUUUCGGUGGCGUUCACUUUCACGGCGCUUUAAAGUUAAACCGGUAACUUCUUGAACACAAUGGCGUCCUUCAGUCUCCCUUCAGAGGGAUGGCAAGUUCUCGCGGACCUCCGCCGGACCCUGGGAGACUCGCGCCCAAACUUGUAGGCAUGCUGUGGUUCGGUGUGGUGUGCGCCUUCCUCCUGUACUUUCUGCGAUGCUGCGAAUCCGAAGUGACAGAAAGUUUCAGUUUAAGUCGCGACGAUGCGCCGCUGGGAACGGCACGCUACGGUGAAAGAAACGGGACGCUUGGUGUUGUUGGUGUCGGUGUAGACGGGAGAAGGAGGAAGAGGAGCGCAGGAGAAGGCGCGGAUGUGGAUGGCACGAUGAAGGAGAAGGAGUGGAGGGGCGCGCGCAGGCUGCCGCACGCGCUCAUCAUCGGCGUGAAGAAAGGCGGCACGCGCGCGCUGCUCGAGUUCCUGAGACUUCACCCGGACAUCCGCGCGCUCGGAGCCGAGCCGCACUUCUUCGAUAGGCAUUACGCACGCGGACUCACCUGGUACAGGAGCAUGAUGCCCAAGGCUCUGGAAGGCCAGAUUGUGAUGGAAAAAACACCACGUUACUUUGUUACAGCCGAAACACCGGCUCGUGUCCGUGCCAUGUCAAGAGACGUGAAGUUGAUCGUGGUGGUGCGUGACCCCGUGACCCGCGCCAUCUCCGACUACACUCAGAUCGCCUCCAAGACACCGGGCAUCUCCAGCUUCGAAAGCCUGGCUUUUAAGAACAGAUCAUCGGGUCAGGUGAACUCUCUGUGGAGCCCGCUGUACAUUGGCUUAUACGCCCAGCAUCUGGAGCGCUGGCUCGCUUAUUUCCCACUCUCUCAAAUCCACUUUGUCCACGGUGAGAGGCUCGUCAGUGACCCGGCUUUUGAGCUGGGCCGUGUGCAGGACUUCCUGGGCCUGGAGCGCAUUAUCACGGACAAGCAUUUCUACUUCAACAAGACCAAGGGCUUCCCGUGUCUGAAGAAGGCCGAGGGCAGCGCUGAGCCGCACUGCUUGGGCAAAACCAAAGGCAGGACACACGUGCGUGUCGAACCUGAGGUCAUUCGCAACCUCAGGGACUUCUACCAUCCGCACAAUCUGAGGUUCUACCAAAUGACUGGAAUGGAUUUUGGGUGGAAGUGAUUUUUUUUCUCAAUCCAGACUCAUUCAUGCAAAGCAGCACAGGAAACUGUGGAGGGGUAUAGUUGCUUUUCUGAGUAAAUUUUUGAUACGGUUAGUGCUCCCAUUGAUAGAGGAAACUCUGGGUGAGGUAUGAGUUAUGCACUAUGAUACAAGGGUAAAAGAUUAAGUAAUCAAAUUUGCAUUUGGAUUUUUAAAACUGUUUUUCUUAAGGCAUUUAUGUGCCAGGCUUCUGGAUGAGAGCAAAACAAAACAAGCUGAGUAUGAACCACAGUGGAAAGUGUUCAAACACCAGCUAUAAACAAGAAGUUGGACUGUAGGACUGUGUGUGACAUUCUAAAUGAGGUUUUAUGUGACCCACUCUGAUGAGCACCAUCAUGUGUAAAGGCUACUUCUUUCCAGACAAAUUAGAGCUGUGUAAAAACCACUGGCUUGCUGAUGUGAGCUUUUGCUUUUUUGAUCAAAUGAGCCAAAUCACCAUUUUUAUACUAUUAUUACAUCACAGAUUUGUGGUAUGGAGUAUCAUGGAGAACAAAAGAAAUCAUACUUUUAACACACAGUUUUUGAGAUGAAAAGUUUACAUUGUUAAGACGACAAUUGUAAGUAACCUGACAUGGUGUUCAGAGAUGGCGCUAAUAGAAAGCAUCAUACAUUAUACAUGCAUACAUUACACAUGCGUUCAUACAUUAUGCAUAAAUCAAUAAGUAACAUCGCUCCCUUUGAAAUACGGGAAUAUCAAAAGAACUGGCCGGGACAUGCUGAUCUAUCCUUGCAUAAUACACUCUUUGUUCAGGAUAAACAGCGCUAGUUUUCAACUUCCUGUGAUUGAUGAUAUGGUUACACGCUCACAAAGCCGACCCGUGUGUUGCUUGCAUGAAUUUGCACUAAUUUUAAGAAAAGCCUGUUCAAUUAUUUUCAAAUGGAUGUGUUCAUUUGUUAUGCAAUUUCGGAACCACAAACACAUGGGGAAAUAAAUUUUUUAUGAAUAGUGUGUGAGUGUAAGCGCAUUAACACGGUCGCACUAAGACAACACAUCCUUCUGUCGUCAUUUAUUCUUAUUCUUUAUUCUUCCUCUUUGCAAAAACACUUUUG